GGAGAAGAGAAGAAAAGGCAAAGGCAUAAGAGGACGAUACUGCUAAGACAGAGACCCCCGGAACGCAUUUUCGAGAAGGAGCGAAGCGAGACUUAUUCUUCCUUUUAGCAUCGCGUGAAGGUGUACGACUCCCGAGACGGCCCUUGCCGCUGCACAAAUGGCGGACGUGGCGACGAAGAACAAACCCAUGAACGUCAGCGAAAGUCGUGAUGAUAUUAUAACGACAGGGUCGGCUGUCAAUACAACAACAAAAAAGAAAAAGAAGAUCGAGGGCAGUGCAGGAAGCGAUGCAUCGCCAAAUCAUACAAAAACCAAGAAAACCAAGAAAAGUAAGAAGAGUGAACUCGAAAAAGAGAAUAUUUCCGUGAAGAAGAAAAUUAAGUCGAAAGAGACGAAGGAGAAUAUGCAUACAGUCUCGCGGCAGGCGUCCGCGGAGAUGUUUGAAAUCACCGGCGAAGACGAUCUGUCGAACGUCAAUGUCAAAUCUCUAACACAAACAUAUGUAACGGAGACAAGUCGCGUAGAGCCGGAGAAACCGAACAAAGAGAUCAUCGCCACUGGAGUUUCGAUCAAACAAUUGUGUCGUAGCUUCGGGGACGUCUCGAACAUGAACGAAGGUGAACGAACGAUGCUCGGCGCUUCGGACACCAACAGAUUCCAGGAGAGAGCAAAAUCAACGGGCGACUUGAGAUUAUGCGAGCUGGAGCGCAUCAAGUACUUCAAUAGUCGCGACAUCGUUUUUGCCACUGUUAACGUCAAAGCACUUCGUACGUCGUUCUGUAACCUGGCGAAUUUACGGCGCCCUGAUAACGAGAAUGAUAAGCAGAGCCACUCGCGAUCCAGUAUCAACGGCCGGGGCUCGCGGGCCUCCAUUUUCGAGAAAUCGAGCUUUAACAAAUUUGAUGCUCUCAGCAAGAAGUCGUCGCAAGUUCUACAUGUCCGAUCCGUCGAUGCAAGCAAAGUCCAACAGCAAUUGAAUAAUGUGGGCCAGAACGGAGACGUGAACCCGAAUUGCCGCAGUUGCGGCAAGGUCGUCUUCCAAAUGGAGCAGACGAAGGCCGAGGGUCUCGUCUGGCACAAGAACUGCUUCCGGUGCGUGCAAUGCGGCAAGCAGCUCAACGUCGACAAUUACGAGAGCCACGAGGCGACACUCUACUGCAAGCCCCACUUCAAGGAGCUUUUCCAGCCGAAGCCGGUCGAGGAGACCGAUCAGCCCAUGCCUCAAAAGCCAGAAAUGAUCAUACGCGAGAACCAGCCUAAAGAAUUGCCACCUGACGUGGUCAGAGCAUCGGACAAACCAGAUCUCGGACUCGAGGAGUUAUCCUCGCUGAAUGUCAAGUCUCGCUUCCAGGUCUUCGAGAAGGCAAAUGAGACGACGAAUGACAUCGAGAGAUCGCCCUCGCAGAUCGCAGUGAAGAGGUCUCCCAGCAUACUCAGCAAAUUGGCCAAAUUCCAAGCGAAAGGAAUGGAUAUUGGCGUAGCAGACGAAUCUCUCAACGGAAUUCCCUAUGAAGAAUCAAGCGAGAGUGAAGAAGAAAUUGACGAAGAAGAAUCGGAAGGUCUUGUUGUUGCAGACUUGGAGGACGGGAACAUCGUGAAGGCGAAGAGGGGCAACCGCGAGAGGCCGAUAAGUUUCUCGAAGAUGGACGACAUAAAGAAUCGAUGGGAGACGACGAGCCAACAAGGAAAGCGCGAGACUCAACGCGAGGCUCGUAAGGAGGAGAUCGCCGGCAUUCGCUCGCGUCUCUUCAUGGGCAAGCAAGGCAAGAUGAAGGAGCUGUACCAGCAGGCAGUGGCGGACAGCGAGCGGGUGAUGAAAAUAAACGCCGCGGAAGAGAUCCAGCACGCGACGAACGCGCGCUCGAUCAAGGAGCGGUUCGAGCGCGGGGAGCCGAUCGCCGCGACGAGCGACGAGGAGCUGGAGGCCGGAGCACCGAAGCCGAGGGUCGAGAAGCCCGACGAGGAGAUACUCGCAGCCGGGAUCAGUCGGAAGUCGCGCUCGCUAUUUCUGGAGCUGGACGCGACCGCGGCGAAGACUGGAAGGCCGGUGACGCCCAGCAACCAGGGCAGCAAGGCACCGACGGAGGCGCCCAGGCGAGCGCGCGACGCGUUCAUGGGCCGGCAAGUCUCGGAGGACGUAGUGCGCAGCACCGACACCACGGAGGAGGUGCAGGUCGACAACUCCGAACUGUCAAAUAAGUUUAAGUUCUUCGAGAGCUACAGGGAGCCAGAGAAGAUGCGCAAGCAGUUCCGGAUCACACCGCCACGAGACGGACAAGUCAAGAUGGAUUCGCCGGAUCGCGAGAUCUACCGAGACCCGGAUGUCGUGCGUGCCGAGGAUCGUGCCGAGGAAGUCGUACACACGGACACCGCUCGCAAGAUGCUCUCCAUAUUCCGACAGAUGGAGGAAAACGCGACGAAGGAAGAUCUGCCAGAUGGCCCGAAGCCCCUGAAGCGAUUCACGCCACCGCCUGAGGAUAAGUUCGCCAAGGCCACGGCCUCGGACUCGGACGAGGAAGAGGACGAAGCCGAGGAGUCCGAAGACGAGGAGCACAAUCCGAAUUACGUGAGAGCUUCCGACAAGGUGGAGGACGAGUUCCUGAAAUCGGCACAGAACGCCGCGCGCGCCAAGACUCUGCGCGCGAAAUUCGAGCAGUGGGAGACGACAGACGGUAAGACGAACAAUCACCACGUCGCCGAGAUGGACAUGGCCCCGACCGACGGCUCCCAGCCGAGUAUCGAGUCGGCGAGCAGCCUCAGGGCCCGCUUCGAGUCCCUGGGCUCGCAACCCGUCGAGUCGCCUCGGGCCGCCAAAGUUAAGGUUAAUCGAUUUGUGGAAAUUCAAACGAACUGCAUGGACGUAUGUGAAAGCUGCGAGAAGAAAGUUUAUCCCCUUGAAAAGGUAGAGACAAACAACAAGAUCUUUCACAAACAGUGUUUCCGGUGUCUACAAUGCAAUUGCAUCUUAAGAAUGGACACGUUCACGCUGAACAAUGGCAAGCUCUACUGCAUCCCGCACUUCAAGCAGCUUUUCAUCACGCGAGGUAAUUACGACGAGGGAUUCGGGGUCGACCCUCACAAGAACAAGUGGUCAUCGUCGAAUGCGGGCCCCCCGAUGUCGGCCGCCGCUCCCAUAGCCGUCCGGAACGGCGACGUCUGAUGGCUUCCGGCAGCUCUGCGUCCGAAGCUCAGUCUCGUCCAAGAAGAACCAUAAGGAUGAGGAGGAUGAGGAGGAAGAGGACGAGGAUGAGAUUAAGGACCUACCUAAAACCCAUGGUGGUCUCGGCACAAAAAUUCACGAGAGGAGGGCUCUCUUGACUUUAUCUCUAUCAAGUGUCCGUCUCUCUCUCUCUCUCCCCACUACUCCCUUCUGGUUCCCACUCUCUUUUACUCGAGUUCUUCGAGACAGACCUUUCCCUAGCCUUUCCCUCCUCGAGUACAUUAUUUUCCCAUUUUAUACUCUCCCUCAUUAUUAUUA